AUGGACGCUAAGGAGCCCAGGGGUGCCGCCGCGUCUGUCAGGGUACUGCGGACGAGGUCAGAGCAGAAGCUCUGUGACCCCACAGGGCUUCCCAACACGCGGACCCCCUCGUGGGUGAGGGGAAGGCCCUCGGGGAGCUCGUCACCUUCUCCACUCUUCUCCUUCUCUUCCUUCCGCUCCCCUUCCUUCACUUCCCCCCCCUGUUCCUCCCCUCCCUCCUCUCCUCCCUUCCCCCCCCCUUGCCUUCGCAUGCCCACUCGUUCCCCACCCACCUGCCUCCCAUCCACCUCCCCCUCACUCUCACAUCCAUUCCCAUCCUUUCUCUCCCAUCCUAGUCCGCUUCUGCCACUCCUCCCGCCCUCCCAUCCUUCACUAAGUGGUCGGCUGAGUUUGUCUCUUCACCUCGCUGCCUUGUUGCCAUCUCUUCUCCCCCCCCCCCCCGCCUCUUUCUCUUCCCAGCUCUCCUCCUCCUCUUCCUUCCGCUCCCCUCCCUUCACUUCUCCCCUUUUUUCCUCCCCUCGCUGCUCCUCCCUUCCCUUCUCUCCUCCCUUCCCUUCUCUCCUCCCUUCCCUUCUCUCCUCCCUUCCCUUCUCUCCUCCCUUCCCCCUCUCUUGCCUUCAUUUACGCAAACUCGCCCUUCCCCGCUGGCCCUCCCUCGAGCCCCAGCCCACCCCCCCUCGUCCCCCCCCCUCUCGCUUCUGGCGCAUGAUUUUCCUACUUCCCCCUCUCCCGCCUUUCCUCACCUCUCCGCCUGCCCCACCUCUGCUCUCCUGCUCCGCCCCCUGUUCCGCCUGCUCCCUCGCCUCGCGUCUGCCAAACUCAAACCACACGCGCCCGCAUCCCCCUUUUCCCCUCCCCUCCCUGCGCCUCCCCUCCCUGCUCCGCCUCCCCUUCCCCCCCUGCACAGCCGCCCCUCACUCCUGCCCCCAUCUGCGUUGCCCCUCCCACUGGCGCGCAAAUAUCCGCGCACUUUCGCGGAGGCGGCGAUAG